AUGGCGUUGCAGAAUUAUUUUCUAGCAUGCAAAAAUACCUCCAUCCACAAGAUUUACAUGACUCAGUCAUCUGGGGAUAGGAAAGGGAGUUUCCGAGAGGUGCCUAGGCCUCCAGCCGAACAAUUUGCCCCUUUGGCAUCGGUGUUUCAGCGGCGGCUACUAGUUGGUGUUGGUUCAGCUGCUCUGGUGGCUGUUGGUGCAGAUUUUGGUGGGAUUACUAGUUUUCUUCUUGGGUUAUCGCCGGAAACCGGUCGGAGUCUUAAGCUUGAUGUGCUUUAUCCAAUUGGAGGGUAUAACCGAUGCAUUGAGACGAAUGAAGGAUUUGAAUUUAUAUACCCAGCAUCUUGGGUUGGAGAUCAAAGACUACUUUAUCGAGCAGCUGAGAAGCAAGAAUAUGAGAGAUCACUUGAUCCACCUCCACUGAAUGAUGGGAAAUCUGGUGAUCCACGGCGCAAGAACAUGAACGAACCAGUUGUUGCAUUUGGCCCCCCAGGUUCAAGCGGUGAACUCAACGUUAGUGUCAUUGUCUCACCAGUUCCCCUUGAUUUCUCGAUUGAAGCAUUUGGAGGGCCAAAGGAGGUGGGAGAAGCUGUGGUUCGGAAAAUCACAGGAUCACGCCCUGACGUGAAAGGAACUUUGACAGAAUCCAGUUUAAGACAGGAUUCUGGGAGGAAGGUUAAUUACUACGAGCUGGAAUUCAGAGUUGAAAGCCCCACAUUUCGGCGGCAUAAUGUGGCAGUUUGUUGUGCUCGUGGUGGUAGAUUAUACACCCUAAACGCACAAGCACCGGAAUCGGCAUGGCCAGAUAUGAAAUCAGACUUCUAUAGGAUAGCAGAUUCAUUUAGUCUCAUCUCUUGA